CCUUUAUUUUCCUUCUAUUUCUAUCUCUAUCCCUCCCACAAGCAAAAAAUCAAAACGAAACCCUAAUUCUUCAAUUUCAUUUUCUCCUGAAGCCAGAAAUGGAUAGCGAUGACGAUUAUCAAUCAUUUUUACCCGCUGAAGAAGAAUAUUCAUCUCCAGUUCGCCAGACAAAGCUAAAACGUCUCAAGAAAUCAGCAUCAAUUACAUCUCAACCUAUUAAUAAAAGUCAAUUUCAUAUCUCUUCACCUGAAAAAAACCUAGAUUUCGUUCAGCCUGUAGAUCCAUCUCCAUCUCUUUUGGGAUCUGAGGGGUUUGACCAAGAAAGGGAUUCAAUGAAAACCCCAGACACAAUGGAUUCAGUAGAUUCAUUUCCAUCUGCUCUGGGAUCCGAGGGUUUCGAUCAAGAAGGAGAUUUAAUUAAAACCCUAGGCAUUACGGAUUCUGUAGAUCCCGAGGGUUUUACUCAGGAGGGAGUUUCAAUUAAAAAUCCAGAUGCAAUGGAGUCAGUGGAUCCUGUUCAGCCCGUUUUGGGAUCUGAGGGUUUUGAACAAGGAGGCGAUUCAAUUGAUGUGGAAGAUGGGUUUGGAGAUAGUUUAGAUGCUGGUACUGAGAAGUUUGUGGUUAAAGAAAGUGACUUGAUAAAUGAAUUAAGAGCAGAAAUGGGGAUUGUUAAGACAGAUAAGAGGUCUGAAAAGAAACGGCGUAGUCCAUCGGCAGGAGUUGAAGAGACUAAAGAGAAAACUAAGAAGAAGAAGAAAAAUGAAAAGGAUGUUGCUGUUAAGGAGUUACCUAAAGCACCUGCUCCCACCAAGAAACGACUCGAAAAGGAAAGGAAGAUUCAUCUUGAACAGUUACAUGCUGAAACUCAGAGAUUGUUACGAGAGAGUAGAGAUGCAGAAUUCAAGCCUGUGCCCAUUGUGCAGAAGCCCAUAUCUUCAAUUUUGGCGAAGAUCCGACAAAGAAAGCUCGAAGUUUCAAAAAAAGCUAGUAGUUUGAACAUUUACUUCGCCGAUUCCAAUGAUUCGUUGGAGGUAAAUAAGCUGGAUUAUUCUGAUAAGCAUGCUCAAAGUGCAGAUAUAGGUGAAGAGAAACACCUAGAAGAGUUCCAGGACAAAGAUGUGCCUUUGGCAUAUGAAAAGAGUAAUCAUCUAGAUGCUGUUAAUGUAGAUACAUUUAGUGACCCUGCAUCUUCUUCAUUCCAACAUGAAAAUAGUGUUGCCAACAUGGACACUUUGUUAGGUCUACAACCAAGAGAUGUGGAAGAUGGAAAAGAUGAGGAAUCUAAAAGUACAUGCCCGACUACACAACAGAACAUUUCAUUAGGUUCUCAACCAAGAGAUGAGGAAGAUACGCCCGCAGACAGUCAGCUCGACAGUCCUGUUGAGGAAGUUAUUGCACCUUCAUUACAAACUAUGGAGUUGCAGUUUGAUGCUGCUCAACCCAAUGAUACCUCUUCAGAUGAAGAGGAAAGCGACAAGGAGAAUGUUGAGCCAGAUUCACGUAAAUUGGAUGACCCGGAUUUGAACUUGGACACAAAAUGUGACCCUGUAAAAGCUUUUCUUGACGAGGAGGCUGAAGAAGAAGAUGAUAGUGACGACGAUUCACGAUCCAAAGACGAUGAAGAUGAGGAAGAUAAUGAAUUGAAUGAGGAACUCAAGGAUCUUAUAGCAUAUGGGUAUGAGGAGAAGCCUGUAGAUAAUGAAAAACGCGAUCAACUUCAUCAGAUGUGGCUUCAACAACAGGAUGCAGCUGAAACAGACAAUGUUUUACAAAGAUUGAAAUGUGGUGCGAAACAGAAGGGGCCGUCAAUGCUUGAAGAAGAAGAAGACGAAGAAGAUGAGGAUGGUGAGCUUGGUGAUGAUUCUUCCAAUGAUUUGGGGGAUCAUGAAUCUUCCAAAAAUAUGGUGCGGAUGAUUUCAAAGAAAGCAAAGCAAAUGAUCCCACAGAUGUUUACAGAUAAGGAUGAUGCUUUCUUAUCUUCAGAUGAUGAGGAAACAGACCAGAAAAUAGUCCGGCAACGUCUUCUCGAGAAAGCUGAAGAAGAUUCUUCACUUUUACCACCAGCAGUGGAUGAAGACUCCAGAGAAGUAUUUGAUCUUAUAAAGAAGCUGAAUACUGUACCUGAUACCAAAAAGAAAGCAAAACCAUCAUCUAUCCUUGAUGCGUUUAUUACAGGAGGAAACAGCAACAGUUCGUCGAGGUUUUCUUUCUUGGGUCGGGCAUCAAGCAACUCUCUACCAGCAUCCAGUAAGCAUGUCUCGAGCAAUGUUCGCUCCUUCAUCUUCGGACGAGAUGAUAGCAAUAGCCGGAGUGGAAUCUCAACUUCGGAGGUUUCUCUAGACACGGGCGAGCUUGAAAAGCGAGCACCAAGGAAUGCAUCGGCUAAGUUCAGUGGUUCCCAAGCCAAAUGCAGUACUCAAAGCACAGUAGUUACUGAAACAAGUAGAACUGGUUCUUCAUCUUCUUCUUCUCUCCUAGAAGUUUUGAGACGAAGCUCUUCUUUUCAAUCUGACCACCAUACUCACACUAGGGAUGUUAACAUGGUUGGCCAAACUCAAGCUCGUUUCCAGUUUGCAGCAUUUAAACCCGGAAAGAAAUCACUAAAAGGAAGAACUUGACUAGAAAUGCGUGAUACGUGAUCCUCUAUACUUCAAAACGGCAUUCAUUUGAGUAUUGUUAGAAUAACGGCUUUCCUCUGCGAGCUCAUUUCAGCUUCAGACUGCUGAAAAUAUUGCUCUUGUAAAUUAUUUAUUUAUUUACUUAUUAUUCCACCUUGUUUACACUUGCUUGUUGGCUCAUACUGUUUGACCCUAGCGGGCCUAGCCAGUCUAUAUUGAAAAACAGAACGUCCCUUCAAUGAAAAACUGUCCCCGACUUGCACCAA